CGGAAGCUGGCGACCUGAAAGUUUUAUUGGACUCUGUUAUUGGACUACUGGAUUCGAAUCCUGCUGUUCGUCUCUUGGGCAAUCCUGUUUACAGCCACUGCCAGCUCAAGCCAUUUUGUUUCCUGCGGAAGAGCACAAAACGGGACCUACUGAGCCGAAAUGGUGGCAAGCAUGGAUUCUGUUGGAAAGCAACCAGAAGUGUACAUACCUCUUGACCCUGUAAACCCAGAAAAUGGAUUGGGGAAUCAGGAUUUGGAUGAAUGCUCAGGAAGAAGUGAGCAGAAUGAAUGCACAGAUGCUUUAGACAGCCAAAUGCUGGAGUCAUCGCCCCUUGCCAAUGGUGCGGGUCAGGAGGGGAUGCAACAGGACAAUAAAGUGCCAAACAACAUGGAAGGAACUAACAGAUAUAGAAAGAAGUUCAGCAAGAAAAAGAUUGUGAUAGCAAUAAUAGUUUUGUUGUUGGUUUUGUCAUUGCCGUUCUUGUGUCUGUUUGCAGCCCCAAAAAAGCCAUUGCAAGCCACAUCAACCCCUAACCUGCUCCUGAAUGCUUCUUGCCCCCAAGGCUGGAUUAGCGAUGAAGAAAGAUAUUGCUACUUUUUCUCUGACACUGAAAGCACCUGGGACUUGUCCCUCAAGAACUGUUCGUCGUCUGGUGGUUCCCUUCCAAUGAUGGACACUAGCCAGGAAAUGGAUUUUAUAAACAAGAAUAAGGACGCUACUGAGUAUUGGAUUGGUCUGCGAAGGGAGAAGAUAGGACAGCCCUGGAAAUGGACAAAUGGCACAGAGUUUAACAAACGGUUUGUAAUUAAAGGGGAUAGCCCCUGUGCCACCCUCAACGACGGUGUGCAGAGCUCCACAGACUGCGACCAGCCCCGCAACUGGAUAUGUCGCAAACCGCUUCAUGGUGUUUGAGAGAAACUGGAAAUGCUUGCCUACAAGGAGGAAUUCUUAAGCUUCUGGCAGGUCUCAAUUUCUCAGUUGCAUUUUCUAAUCUUGAGCAGAGGACAGCUAUGCAAAAUCUCAUUUUCCUAUAUAAUCAAAACUCAAUAACUGUUAACUUAGUACUAGCGAUUUUGUGCUGUAAGUAGAGGCAGUGGAUGCCUGUUUAAUAUGGAGAUGAUUCCCUGUGAGCAGAUAAUAACCUUGUACUUCUAUACCGCUCUUCAGGACAGAUUAGUGCCACACUCAGAGUGGUUAACAAGUCAGUGUUAUUAUUAUCCCUUAGAAUGGUGUAAAUCUGCUUGGGAUGACACUGUAAGACGGUCAUGCAGCUUUCUUCCCAGGCGUGGCCUCAGAGAGGACUCUAAUAAUUUUGCACAGCACUGACAGGCCUUUGUUCAUCUUGAAACUUCUCCACUCUCUUCUUUUUAGAACAAGUUUGAAGAUGAGUAUUAGAACUGUUUGUGAACAUCCUUAGCAUUUCUACUGAUUUUUCUUCCAAAGCCGUUUCAAUGUCCAAACCCCAAAUGAGUUAAAUUUUGCCAGUAGGCAUCACGAACAAGCAUAUGGCUUCUUCCUUGCAGUCCCAGAGUGGCCCUUGAGCUGCUGGUUUUGCAUGUGAAUUGCAGAGCCUUUUUCCUUCGCAGACCCACUUAGGUCAGAUCUGGCAGGGAGGCGUUACAUAGUCUCUCAGUCAAGUGCACAGUUCUUCCUAGCAGGCCCAAAGUGGAUCAUGGACUGCUGCCUUCUAAUGUAAGUUGUUUAGCUACACUCCUUUCCCAAAACUAGUCCUGCCCAGAUUUCAUAAAUAGACUUUACUGAGCCUGGCAAGCACAGAGUGGAUCUUGAGCUGCUGGCUUGUAAUGCAGCUUUGAGAGCUGCGCUGCUUCCCAAACCCAGGCGGAUUGUAUUGUAUUGGGUGUCCUUUCCUUCAGCCUUCUGUAAACUUUUAGCAUCAGUUUGGGCUUAAGUGAAUGGUGGGGGAUUGAGACAGUGAGCCAAGAGCAAUGGCCUUUUAUGCCCCUAGACAGAAACCAUUAAGAGUGUGCUUAAAAAUGGCUAUUAUUUGGAUCUGAGUAUCUGGAAUACCAUAUAUAUUCGGUAUUGCCAAUUUUUCGGUCCAGAAACACUGGUAUAGUAUUCAAAUUUGAAUUUUAUUUGGAAUUCCAAAUGUAUUCAGCUCCAUUAUUCCUUGUGGCGAAAUUUUUCCAAGGGGCUGGAAGGGCCACCUUUCAAGCAAACAACACCAACAUUAUAAGGAACCUUGUCCUCCUCUCCACUAACCCCACCGCCAAAGUUUUAAGUGAAUUGGCCCAAUUCUACCAGCCCUUGAACAAGCUGACCCCAGCCAUUCUCUAGGGCUUUCUCCAGGACAUAGGAAGCCUUUGCCAAGCACACAACAGCAACCAAUGACCAAAAGCCUGCCGAUGCAAACAGAACCAACAAAGCCCAUCAGAACCAAUGUCAAACUAAAGAAUCCCACAAAAACCAAACUAAAGCAAAGGACACUGUUACAAGUCCAAGAGAACCAGUGUCUCUCAAAGAUGCCAGGCAGAACACAGGGCCAAUGAAAGCACAACUGAACCAACAUCCAAUCAGAGAAUCCCGGCAUCUAAUCUAACAAGCUAGUAAUAGCAAGGCAGCAGCCAGACCUGGCAAUGGCAUAUGGCAAGCAAGCAACACUGAUACAGAGAGAUGUGUGCAUAUGAAUGUGCGUGCGCUCACACACACCCACAAAAGUAACGCUGCUCCCCACCCCCGUUGCCUGGGAAGCCUGCAAAAGGGGGAGGGGCAAGCUGCUGCAAUCUUUAAAAUGAGAUUCCUGGAUAGUUCUAAAUAUAUCUGGAUUAUUCAGGAACAUAAACACUGGUUUAUCAGAAUAUACCCCAAUAAGCUGGAUAUAUCUGGAUAUACCCAAAUAAUACCAAAUAGGUAUUUUCAGGUGUAUAUUCGACUUGGGAAUAUGGACUUGCACACCCCUAUCAGCCAUGAUAAAUGGCUUGAGAUUGAAGCAUUCAUAGCUGAAUGAGCCUAUAGGAUGACAGUUCUAAGGGACAGGCAAAGUUAAAAAUUUUUUUUAAAAAGGCAGUAACAGUUAAGGAUUUUUUAGCAUCAAACUGACAGAAUACUGUUUUAGAUGUGGGGGAGGGGGCAAAAUAAUGUGUGUUCAGCGA